AGUGCAGUGUGUGAAUUCUAGUGUGUAUACCAAAACUUCGGGCUGAGCGAAGUUAACAAUUGCGGCCGCGAUACGCGGUUGACCGAAUAAAAAGAUACCGGGUGUUGUGUUUGCCCCCUCACCUGUGUACCAAGUAUGCAGUUUUAACCUUGGAGAAUUUUCGCUAAGCACACAAACGUAUUUACUUUGGGAUCCAACGAACGAGAGCCACGCUCUUCAGAGUCACGUUCAGAUGAUCCACUAAAUGACGGAAUGAUUCCAGCUAAGAAAUCUCGCUCAGAUUCGGGCAAGUCCUCGGAACCGAAAAUUCCAUACAUUUCGCAGCCAAUUUACGACCUGAAACAAACGGGCGAUGUUAAAUUUGGUCCGGGUACGCGCUCUGCAUUACUGGGUCUGUUGGGUGGCGCUCUACCAAAGCUUAGUUCCGAUCAACAUGAUACGGUCAGCAAAGCUAAGAAAUACGCCAUGGAGCAGAGUAUUAAAAUGGUUUUAAUGAAACAGACAUUGGCGCAUCAACAACAGCAAUUGGCAUCACAACGCACACAGGUUCAACGACAGCAGGCACUCGCGCUCAUGUGCAGGGUAUAUGUGGGCAGUAUUUCAUUUGAACUAAAAGAGGAUACCAUACGCGCUGCUUUUCUACCUUUUGGUCCCAUUAAGUCUAUAAACAUGUCAUGGGAUCCCAUCACCCAGAAGCACAAAGGUUUCGCCUUUGUUGAAUACGAAAUACCAGAAGGAGCACAACUGGCAUUAGAACAAAUGAAUGGCGCACUUAUGGGUGGUCGUAACAUUAAAGUGGGUCGUCCUAGCAACAUGCCACAAGCACAGCAGGUGAUAGAUGAGAUACAAGAGGAAGCUAAAAGUUUCAAUCGCAUUUACGUUGCCUCCAUACAUCCGGAUCUUUCGGAAGAGGAUAUCAAGAGUGUUUUUGAAGCAUUUGGUCCAAUUUUGUAUUGCAAAUUGGCACAGGGGACAUCGCUGCAUACGCACAAGGGCUACGGUUUCAUUGAGUACGCCAACAAGCAGGCCAUGGAUGAAGCUAUCGCCAGUAUGAACUUAUUCGAUUUAGGAGGACAGUUGUUGCGAGUGGGCCGUUCGAUCACACCACCGAACGCGUUGGUAUGCGCUUCUACCAAUUCCACAAUGCCCACAGCUGCCGCUGUUGCUGCAGCCGCAGCUACCGCUAAAAUACAGGCACUUGACGCCGUCGCCAGCAACGCCGUGCUUGGCCUUUCCGCAACUACUCCCGCUCUGGGCAUCUCACCGCUAGCUGCCGCAGCUAAGGUGGGCACACUGCCGAUCGCUGCCGCUGGCGCGUUGCAUCCGCCAGGUAUUGCAGUACCCACUACUACAGCCGGCGCUGCUGCAUUCCUCCCUGCUGGUGUCUUCCAAGCACCAGCAGCUUUAGCACCGAAUCUAUUGGGUGCUGCACCCGGCAUACCGAGUGUGACCACUGCAGCACCGGUAGUCGUUACACAAGCCGCACUAUUAGCAACACCUACUAUGGGUGCUCCCUCUAUGGCUGCAAUUGGUAAUUUUGCCACUGGCGCUAUUAGUGGGGUGUUGAGCGCUGAUGCCGUCGCAAACGCAGCGGCUGCAGCUGCUGCGGCUGUCAGUGCAAAUGCCGCAGCCGCCGUCGCCGCAGCGAAUAAUGUAACAGCAUUACACAAUCUGCAAUCUGCCAAUUCGGAGCAGCUGAAAAAGGCGCACGAGAAGGCACAACAGGAGGAAUUGCAAAAGAAAUUGAUGGAUGAAGGCGAGACGCAAACGCUACAGCAGCAGGAGAAUAUGUCGAUCAAGGGUCAGAGUGCACGGCAACUGGUCAUGCAACGGCUAAUGCGACCACAGGAGUCACGAGUGAUCAUACUGCGCAAUAUGGUUGGUCCAGAGGAUGUCGAUGAAACGCUGCAAGAGGAAAUACAAGAAGAAUGCACCAAAUUCGGCACUGUUAGUCGUGUGAUAAUCUUCAAUGAAAAACAAACCGAAAACGAAGAUGAUGAAGAAGCCGAGAUAAUUGUUAAAAUAUUUGUGGAAUUUUCAAGCGCCGUAGAGGCUGUGCGCGGACGGGAUGCUUUGCACGGACGUUUCUUUGGUGGACGACGUGUCGUUGCUGAGUUAUAUGACCAAUCACUGUUCGAUCAUGGUGAUCUAUCUGGUUAAUGGAAAUAAUGUAUGAAAAAAGGAAGAAAAAAAAUACUUUGCAGAACAGAAGUAAUUAACAAAAACCAAAAGCCAACAUUUUAACAGUCAUUUUUUGACUUGUUUGCAGCUGCGCAUUUGCUUUCACUUUUAAAUAGAUUUAACAUAAGAUUUAAAAUAGUUCUCUUUCAUAUAUUUUUCGUUGGUUAGUGACUAAAUGGCUACAGCUAAAGUUUCUCAAACAUUAUCGUUCCCACUUCCACAAAUCCAUUAGCAGUUGAUGAUGUAAUUAAUGUAUUCGCGUUUAAAAUGCAGUUAUAUUAAGGGAAGAAGAAGUAUAUUGAUUUCUGUACAAUUAAUAAAAAAUAUGUUAGUAUUUAAUCAAAAAUUAA